CCGACACUGUCACCGGGCGGUAUCACACGAGCAACGCUCAGUUGAUUUAUUUGACAACCUACUCCCCCCCCCAAAAAAAAAUACGCAUUGUGUUAUCUGCCUGUUUGUCUCCAACCAUUACUGCAAAAUAAACUAAAUUGCGGAUAUUUAAAGUGCAAGGUAGCAUGCCUGUGAGGCACUUGUGGAAGCUAACACUGAAUUGAAUAAAAUUACAUUUCAUUGUGAUGUGAUGAUAUAUUGUUCCUUUAUGUUAUGUUUUGUGCUGCGGUAUGGUAUGCCGUCUGUCUGUUCCUCGCAUUGAAAAUCAAUGAGAGCCGCGAAGCACCUGUUUCUCGAUCACUUCAAGCUAUCCAGCGGCGCUUUGAGGUAUCUUCCAAGUCGAUAUUGGAUCAAGAGUUUUCGGUCUUUGCAGAACUCGACUUUUCGCUGUGGGUCCCUCGCCGUGAGUUUAUGCCGCAUUUUUUGCGCAUGUUUGAAGUUCUUGGUAAGUACCCCCGACCAUACGGAUAUUUAAUGCUGAUAAAAUGGAGCAAAGUUAACACGUUUAUAUGUUUACUAAUGCCUGUCUGCCUGGACACAAGCACGAACACAAAUUACUAUGCAUCAUUUAUAGGCCUGUACCGCUCGCUUGCGGACUACCUUGGAGACAGCGACUUUUUUGCAUAAAAGCUUCAACUGAUCCUAAUCGAAGAAUCUGAUUAAUACGGCGCGCGAUCAGCUUUUUUCUUUCUCCUUUUUCACUUUUUUUUGCGGGCUAUACCCAGGAUCAUUUUCAUUUCCAAUUUGCCC